UAACCUUAAAGAAGGAGCAUGCACAACUAAAGCCAAACUCUUAGGCCUUUUUCCUCUUUUCUCUCUUCCAAACUUUCAUCCAAAGUUUUCAAUUCUCACGAUCUUCAAUUAAUUCUUCAUCAUGGCAGAAGAUAUCAUAAAGAAGGAUCAUGAUCACUUCCCCUUUUACUUCAAUGGAGAGGCUUUUGAUACAAGUAGAAAGAUCGAGAUUGAAGAUGGCAUAGCAACGCAACAUCAAAUGAUGCCCAAUUCCUCGAUGUCUUCUUCUACCACGGAACCGAUAGGCCAUGAGGAAGAGAGGAAGAUGGCAAAAGGAGAUGAUGAUGAAGUUGGCCUUGAGCACAAGAAGAAGAAAGUGACUAGUAACAAAUCAAAGAAACAAAGAGAGAAAAGGCAAAGAGAGCCGAGAUUUGCUUUCAUGACCAAAAGUGAAGUUGAUCAUCUUGAAGACGGCUAUCGAUGGAGGAAGUAUGGCCAGAAGGCGGUCAAAAACAGUCCAUUUCCAAGAAGCUAUUUUCGAUGCACUACUCCAAAAUGCAACGUGAAGAAGAGAGUGGAGAGAUCACAUGAAGAUCCGAUGACCGUUGUCACCACCUACGAAGGGAAACACAACCAUUAUAGCACUUCAAACUUUCACGGUGGAAAUUGCAUCGACCUAUUGAUGUCGCCGCCCUCUUCGCUAACAAACAUGCCAACAAUGUUUCUCAACCACCAAGUAGUAGCAUCUCCCAUGAAACCUAGUACAUGUUCGUAUGUCGAUGACCUACCUCCACCACAGAAUCUCCAAGUAGUCCACGACUACGGUCUCUUGGAAGACAUCGUGCCAUCGUUAUUCAAUCAACAAUAACAUACUCAUAUAUAUAUCUACAUAUAUACAUGAUGAAGUAUAAAUUAGGGAUAAUUUGUACUUAGGAGAUAAAUAUUUUCUCCACUAACAAAUAUUCCAACUUUUACCUUUGCUUUGUUAACUUGUUUUCGAGAUAUAUAUAUACACAUCUUCAUUAUGAUCAA